AUGUCGGCAAUGCUUGUAGAUUCUUUUGAAUCCCGCUCCUGCCAGGAUCCGCCCCAUCUUAUCAAUCCCUACAACUCUGAAGUCAUUCUACUGUCCUACCAAGGAGGUCGCAUCAGCUGUGAUCACAUGGCAUUUUCCGCCAUCACAGAUCCCGAUCUCGUGAAAUUUCAAUUGAUGAUAAAUCCAAUGUACCAUGAAGAUCCAGACUGUGCUUUUUCAUUGAUAUACAAAUCAAUUCUCCAAUCGAAAGCGUUGACUACGUUUAACUGCUCCUGGUUUGCAGUCGAAAAAUAUUUCUUUAAGAUGACAAGAAACUCAACAUUUUAUGUCCAACUGAAUUUACACACCUCAGUCACCCAUAGAGCUCGGUUUAAGCUGAAGAUCAUACCCAUGGGCGCUGAAUUUAACACCGAAGAAGUGAUCGGGGUUAUAGCAGGUGGAACAAUUGGAGGACUGCUUCUAAUUUGUUUAAUUGGGUUCGGAUGUUGUAUUUUCCGGAAAAGGCAGAAACAAGAGAAGAAAUCAGAAAAUGUGAAUUAGGGCACCACGCCCACAAAUAUGUCACUUACUGUGCAUAUCAGAUUCCAUAUUAAUCGAGAACAUCGAUAUGUGUGAAUGUCUUAUCUUGGAAAUUUUAUAUCAUCUUUCAGUAACUAACACUGUCCGUAAUGUAUAACUCAAUUUGACAAUACUGAUUAAAGAAGG